AUGGUGAGCUCCUCACCUGAAUUCUCAAUAACCAAGCCAGGACUCCAUCUCCGCAAAAGAGACAAGCCGCUCCGCACCUACGGCAGGCAAACAUCAACACCCGAGGCGCAAAGUGAACCGCCGUCCAAGAAGGCACGGAUAUCGGCGGAACGAGAGAGGCAGCAGGAAGAGAAAUUUGCCUCGGCUCUCACCAGUGCCAAUGGCGUUACCAAGUCCGGCGACGAUGCGGCGAUAGCAGGCGCAUCAGACCAAGACGCCUCAGCUCAAAACAAGGCGGAGAAACCUGGAGAGUCUCUUAAGAAGGGAUCUAUCCUGAGCUACUUCAAACCGGCUUUACAACAAGUCCCAGUGGCAGCUGCGCCUUCACAGCAGCUACAAGUCUCACCUCCUGAGGAAUCUUCUCCCCCUCCGCAGCCAUCACCAAAGCAGCCUGCAAAACGGAAACCUCGACUUCUCAGAAUCAAAACCACCACUCACGAGCCAUCCGAUCAAUCAUCAUCAUCACAAGAAACAAACGAUAACCCCGCCCCUCAGAAACGCCGCGGCCGCCCAUCUCUCAAAAGCAACAUCAUCUCCAACACACUAGAAGCGACAUCAUCAAGCAAAGAUACCACCCCUUCAUCCUCCUCAGCUCCGUCACCAACAAAGCAUUUCGCCACCAUCAAGCCGAAAAAGAUCAAGCCGUCCUCUGCAGCUGUUCAGACCACGCUCAAUAUCUCUGCCCAGGCCGCCUUCUCCGAAUGCAAAAUCUGCAACACCGUCUGGAAUCCCCUGUACCCGGAUGAUGUAAAGUACCAUAUCAAGACGCACAAGGCCGUGCUGAGGGGGGAGAAGAAGCGAAAGAUGGACGAGUUAUGA